ACAAGCAAAUGCUUUCCUAAUCGGGCCCGACGCAGGCGGUGCUGCGCCUGGCUCAACGAUUUUGUAUACACACUGACUACGUUGUACUAUGUAUCCAUCAACGAUCAUCAACUGGCCCCACGGUACCUCAAAAAUCGUCCAAAUCUUUACUCAUUUCUUGAAACCUCAUUGUACAAUGUAAGCGCUUUGGCAACUAAGCCAAAUGUGGUGAGCCUCAAAGUGAGCUUUGACGUACAUGCGUUGUUCUUGUCUACCAUGCACAAUAACUUGCAUGACAUACUUCGUCGCCAUAGUCAUGUUCCCACUCAACGAUCAGCGUUAGUGGGUCCUAUCUCAGGUCAUGAGGACUCUCGCCUUGUCUGGGAAACAUAUUUAAGCUGGGCUUACCCAGGCAGCAUAACAAUCAUCAUCUACUUCCUGCCUCGAUCCAUUUCAACUUGAAAUCCAUCAACCACUCCUCAUUUUUGUAGUCACCGAUACUAUUCACCAAUGAGCUUUAAUCUCGCAAAUAUCCAUGUAGCUGAUCUGACGGGAAUGGUCGUGACGACCGGCAAUCGCGCAAUCGGCAGCGGGAGCUUCGCAGACGUUUGGAAGGGAAUCUACUACGCACAGCCAGGUCAUAAUUAUACCGUAGCGGUGAAGAUCUUGAGACCAUGGCUUUUGUCAGACAUGCGGCUCGCGAGGAAAACCAUACGGAAAAUUUUGCGAGAGGCGAAAGUUUGGAGCACGCUGAAUCAUCCCAACGUGGCUCGAUUUAUCGGUGUGUGUUAUCAGGAAGGUAUGGGGGGGAAUCGUAUCCCCCGCCUGGUAUCAGUGUUCUAUGAGGGGAGAACACUGAAAGAAAAUCUGGCACAUAUCCACGGCGACCACCAGAGAUUGAAGCUUCUCCGUCAGUUUUUUUCUGGAUUAGCAUAUUUGCACCGCAAGAAAGUCAUUCAUGGAGACCUUAAACCUGCAAACAUCCUUCUGGACAACUCUUUCAAUGCAGUCUUAACGGAUUUCGGCCUUUCCCGCGUCCUUGAAGCUUCUGGCUUCACAACGAGCAAUAUAAAGGCGGUCGGCACGUUACGUUACAUGGCGCGCGAGUUGAUGAAUCCCACAUACCCUACAAUAACAGCACCGCUACCCACUGUGCAAUCAGACAUCUGGUCGGCAGGUAUGACAGGUCUAGAGAUUUUAUCUGGCACUAUGCCGUACGCCGAUAAGAAUGGGGAUGCGGAGCUAAUCUAUUGCAUUGGUCGAGGGGAAAUACCCAACUGGAGUCUUUACCGUCGAGUAUCAAGUGGGACAUGGUCAAUGCUGACGGCCUGCUGGGCAAAUGAUGGGAUGAGACCUGCUAUAUCCGAAUUGAUCAGGUACUUGGAUAACAACUAUCCUGGUUUGCAGUAAACCACAACUAGGUAAACUGUCAUAUAGGUAGAUACAUAAUGUUUCUCACUACAUAGGUUACAACACGGACUUGAUGAAUAAUACUAU